AUGGGGGCACGCGAGCGAUGGUCGCUGGCCCGAGCGCCACAAGUGGGCGUGGCGCACCUGGAGAUUCGACCUUCGCUGACGUGCGAUGUGGAGGCCUGGUUCGAGAUUGUUGUCCGGUGCUGCGACAAUGCCGUCAUCACGCGGCCUCUCGAGGUGCGCACGGCGUGGAACUGGGGACUGAAUAUUACCAACUCGUGCCGUCGAAUCAUGGUGUACAGCGUGAAUGUCUCCAGGCCGUCGACGCAGAAGAGGCUUAGCGAGUUUGAGACUAGGGGUAUCCCCUUUACGCCUGAUACAGUGCCCCGAGCGUUUCCGCCGCAGACGGGGUCUGGGUAUGAGGAGUACUGGAAGUAG